GAAAACUGUCCGAGAUACCAAUAGCGUUGGUGCAGAAAGGAGGAGGGCGAGCCAGAGAAGACAGAGAGAGACCGUCGGAAAGAACAAAAUAAGACUCUGAACCCAGAUUAAUAUAAGCGGCCGAGAAAGGGAGCUUUCCACGUGCUGGCAACAGCCGCCUUCGAGUGGACUGACCUCCACAACGGGUGUCUCGUAUUUCACGGCGAGCAGCAUCGAGGCAUGCUGCGGAGGUUGGUGCACCGUUUCAACGAGGAAGGUCGAGCUGGAGCGGGAGGCGAUGCCGCCACCUCCUCUUCGCAGACUGGGGGUUCCUCGACAAACGCCGUGACCGAAAUCGAGCUGGAUAUUGACAGCGGAGAGGAUGAAACUGAGCGCUGGAUAAUGGAAGCAGAAACCGCAAGAGGGUUGACCGGGGGGUUCGGCCGCGACGCUAGAGCGAGCGGUCGGCGCGUAUGGUUACCCGACAAAGCGGCGGUGUGGAGGAUAGCCGAGGUCGUGUCCGACAGCGCGGACGGGAACUCAUACACCGUGCUGGCCAAAGACGGAAAGCGGGAGACCGAGGCAAGUGUUAUUUCUCUGGGAGAUUGCGCGGACUAUGACCCCAGCCACGCCCUAGACCUCGACGAUGCGUCGCGCAUGAACCAGAUGCACGAGGCGCCACUUCUCGAUCUUCUCCACAGGCGGUUCCGAGCCAACUCCAUCUACACGAAUGUGGCCGACGUGCUGGUGUCGAUCAACCCGUACACGGAUAUCCCUGGUCUCUACGAUAUCCCCAUGCCGGUGGUUAAGCCCGCCCCGGGCGUGCUGCCAGGUCUGAACGUGAGCGUCCGCGGGCCGUCCGCCGGCGGCAGAGUGGCCGAGCGGAGCGCGGCCUUGAUGCGAGAGUUUAAGGAAGGGCACGCCGACCGUCAAGCGAACAAGAGAGGCAACGGGAAGAGGGCCAAAGAGCCGGACGCGAAGUCCAAGCUGACUGCCCUGAAAAGCAUGCUUGGGAAGCCGCACGUGUACGGCGUGGCGGAUAGGGCGUUCAAGUACAUGUCCGAAACCAAGGGAAGGGAAGUGGACGGGCGCGUCCGUCGCCGUAACCAGUCCAUCCUCAUCACCGGGGAGUCGGGCGCGGGAAAGACAGAGGCCUCCAAGCACGUCAUGAGGUUUCUCAUCACCGCAAGCCGGGCGUUGGCGGGCACGGCGCCCGCCCCUCCCCGCGCCCAGGGCUACGCCGUGGCCGGAGCUCCCGUAGCCGGCACUCCCAAGGCGUACGGCGUAGCAGGCAAUCCGACGGGCGGCCGGAGCACUCCAGGCCGGAGCGCUCCAGGGUUCUGGAGGUCUCCCGCUGUGGUUACUACGGCAGCCGGAGCGGCGAAGCACAUGGAGGACGUGCUGCUCAGGAGCAACACCGUGCUAGAGGCCUUCGGCAACGCUAAGACCGUGAGGAACGACAACUCCAGCCGAUUCGGCAAGUACAUUAAGCUGCAGUACGACCAGGACUUUCGUCUGGUGGGGGCGAGGACCGAGCACUUCCUGCUGGAAAAGUCCAGGCUCGUGCACCUCGAAGAGAGCGAGCGAAGCUACCACAUCCUCUACCAGGUGGCAAAGGCCUUGCCGACGGCGGACAAAGAAGCCUUUCAUCUCCAAGGCGGUGCGGAGUGCUUUUCCCUCCUGACCCAGGGGAACCGUCUCGUGGCCUCGGACGAUGUGGAUGACCACGAGGAGUUCCAUGCCGUGGACAAGGCGUUAUCCUCGCUCGACUUUACCUCGAACGACAAGACAGAUAUGUGGCGGCUGCUCGCGGCUAUCUUGCACAGCGGCGAAGUCAGUUUCGAGGACGUAUCCGGCAAGGAGCAGUGUCGUAUCUCCAAGGUUGGGCGCUGUACGAGCAUAUCCCCGGCCGACCUGGGGGCCCUUUGGGGAGUGGACGAGGCGGUGUUCGAGGAAGGCGUGAUGAGAAGGACGGUGACCGCCGGAGGAACCAGCGCAUCGGUCGCGCUUAACGCUGCUCAGGCGAAAGAGAAUCUUCUUGCCUUGCUGAAGCAUAUGUACCGCCAGCUAUUCGCUUGGAUAAACUGGAAGAUCAACGUGGUCUUCGACGUCCCGAAGAAAGCGGUGGGCGAAGCAGGGGCUGGGGCAGAGAGGACGUUCAUCGGCAUCCUCGAUAUUUUCGGUUUCGAGAUCAUGGCGACGAACAGCUUCGAGCAGCUGUGCAUCAACUUCGCCAACGAGGUCUUGCAGCGGCAGUUCAACCACCACAUCUUCGUGCUGGAGCAGGCAAGAAGACACGGUCAGAUUGUGCACAGCUUGUCGCCGGGUUACCACGCCUUGACGGGGAGAAAGGCGGCGUCGAUUACAUCCUCUUUCACCGACAAGAACCUGCUGGACCUCUUCCACCAGCAGCACCACAGAAAGGCCCCCCACCCGUGCUACAGAAAGCCUCGCUUCGACGGACCGGAGUUCGUGAUCAUGCACUACGCAGGAAACGUGACGUACUGCGCGACGGGUUUCCUCGAGAAGAACAACGACACCCUGCAGGAGGAUCUGAGGGAACUGCUCCUUUCCAGCCGCAUCCCCUUCCUCCGGCAGGGCACCAACACCGCCGACGAAGACCACGCCAACGCCAACGAGCCGAUCACGCCCAACGCCCCUGCCUACGGCGGCGUGUCCGCCGUCAACGGCCCCAACGGCAAGGCGAACACCGGCCAACGCUUCCACGGUCGCCAGACGCCUGGCGUUGGAGAUCGCCCUGUCCCCUUCGCCAAUUCCACGGCCAUCUCAAAGAGGGCCAUGUUCGCGUCCGGCGGCGGCGGCGGCGGCUCCGGAAUCUGGCCUCCUGAAGACGGCGGCGGCGGGUGUGGCGGACGGAGGGGGGGCAUGGGCAAGAAGGCGGCGUUUGCGAGGAUUGCAGCCAAGUCCACUGUGUCGAACGCGUUCCGAAGCCAACUGGACGACCUCGUCGCCCAGUUAAGGGAGACAGAACCGCACUACAUCAAGUGCAUCAAGCCCAACUCCAACAAAGCCCCGGGGGGUUGGACGAGCUCCCUCGUCAUCGAGCAGCUCCGAUACUCAGGAGUCCUUGAGGUCGUCCGCAUUCGUCGGGAGGCUUUCCCCAUGAGGGUCACCUACAAGCAGUUCUACCGCCGCUUCGGAACCCUCCUGGUUUCGAAGGACAUGCCAACCGCCGAUGACGUCACUCUCUCGAAGGCCAGAGAAGUGGGUCUCGCCGUCUGUAAGGUAGUGUUCGGGGAGAAAGAGGCUGGCUCAUCUUUCCAGAUGGGCAAGACCAAAGUAUUCCUCAGGGACGACGGCCUUAAACGCUUGAGGGCGGCGCUGAGGCUGCACUACUUCACCAUCGCCAGCAAGAUCCAGGCCCUGUGGAGGGGUUCGUUGGCAAGAGCGAAGAUUGCGAGGCAGCGGGAAGCGGCCAACAAGCUACAGAAGCUUGCCCGGGGCAACAUGGCCAGGAGGAGAUACCGAGAAGCCCAGCGGGCGGCCAAGGCGAUACAGGCAUUGGCCAGGAUGCAGCAGGCGAGAGCACUCGCCGCCCGGCAACAGGUGUCGGUGGUGAAGAUGCAAGCAACGUGGCGAGGAUGGAGACAGAGGGAAGGGCGAAAGAGGGAAGCUAACGCCACUCGUCUGCAAGCUGUGGCCAGGGGCUUCGUCACGAGGAAGAGGCGGGAGAGGAUGGAGGCGGCCGCCACCCUCCAGGCAGCAUGCCGAGCCAAGGCCGCCCGGAAGGAGGUAGCCAUCCUAAGAAAAAGAAAGAGAGUGAGAGAAGAUACGGCCUCUACUCGCAUCGCAGCUGUCUGGCGCGGGAAGUCUGAACGUUUGUACGGGGCGCGACGGAGGGCGAAGGAGCGCCAGGCCCAAACCAGAGUGUGGGCCUUGCGGGAGGAGUACCUUCAGGAGGAGGCGAUGGCUUGCCGGGCGCAAAGGAGCAUUCGGGCCUUCCUGAGGAACAAGCGCCUUCGAGACGCGUCUAUCCAGGUCUUCCAGGCCGCACGGUCGGGAGACGUGCCUACCGUUGCAGGGCACUUGAGCGAAUGGCCGGCUCUGUUGUAUCUGCGCGAUCGACACGAUGGUGAUGCUCACGCCGGUGUGGUGGGGGGAGGAGCAGAGAAAAGCGUUCCCAGCUAUUCUACGUUGCUGCACGCCGCCUGCCAGGGAGGUGCCAUUGAAGUGGUUGCCCUCUUGGAGCCGUUCUUGUCCGAGAUCACCGAUAAGGACCGCUGGGGCAACACCGCCGUACACGUCGCCGCUGCAGAGUGCAACUACGACCUGCUCAAGUUCUUGGCUCAUCGGGCGAACCUGGAAGUCAGAAAGGCGGUUCGCGCGGCGGCGAGAGGGCAACCCGCCCCCCGGCCGGCGGCAUUCCCCCUCGGCAUGUCGAAGGAGGCGUUUAUCCUUGCUGCCAGCAUGGUCCGAAGGCUGAGGCUCGCCGAAGCCGCGGCGCCCCCGUUUCGCGCGAGACACCAGGGGGGGCUAGGAGCGAUCGGGGACGGGCAAGGGAAGGGGGAGGAUAUCGGUGGUGUCGAAGAGCAGAGGUUGGCGACGCUGAGGUUGGAGUCGCUGAGGAUGGAGUCAUGGGAGGAGGGGCAGCCGAUCGUGGAGGGUUUCCUGAAGAAGCGGAGGGAGACCGAUCGGUGGCUCAAGCGGUGGUGCCAGCUCAAGCGUUUCGCACCGCCUGGAGGAGAAGCCGGAGACACAGGCCCAGCCCUCUUCUACUUCAAGAAGAAGGCGGACGCCCUCCCUUCCAAGGUCAUCAUGCUGCACCACUGCCUUUUGAAGAAGUCCGACGACCUCGACUUCGCGUUCGAGCUGCACUCUCCUCUUCUGAUGGAGGGCAAGAACACAGAGGGCCGAUUAUACUUCCAGGCAGGCAACGAGGUGGAGCUUCAGCAGUGGCUGCUGGCCCUCAGAGCUCUGGUCAAGUUCUACGACUUCAAGAACGAAAAGAGACAAUUGCCGAUGGAGUACCUGCAUCAGGGUACGCGUGAGCGCCUGGUUCGGGCCACGAACAACCUCGGCGAAACUCCUCUCCACCUUGCGGUUGCGUUCGCGGGCCGCACGGGAAUGGGAGGCGGAAGAGAAAGUGAGAACGGCUGUGACAAGCGCGAGGUCGGCAUCGCAGUGCAGCGAGUCACCACCUGGCUGCUCGAGAACGGUGCGAAUCCAAACGCCUGCAACGAGCAAGGGGAAACCCCGAUGCACUGCGUCGUGAGGGCAAAUAAUGUCGACGCAGCGCUAGCACUCCAGAAGGGGUACGGCAGCGUCAACCUUCCCCGCAAGACGGAUUGGAAGACGCCGUUGGACCUUGCAUCGAAGAGCGAUGAGGUGUGGCAGCGUCUGAGGGACGGGGCACUCGUCGCCGCCAUCGCCCCAAAGCUAACGGUCGGAAAUUCGGUCGCCGAAGCUGGCGGCACAUCGUGGGUGCAGCCGGCCCCGGCUAAGCUCUUGGGCUUCACAUACGUAUCGGUUUUCCUAGAGACGCUUGUCGUGGCUUCCGCCGCGGACAUUGGGAAGCCGACCCUCACUGUGUCGGUUUUCAGCGCGAAGGGGCAGCUCGUCGAGUCAGCGCAGGAGUUCGACUCUCCCACGCUUUUUUCUUCGAUUCACCUGUGGUGGGGCCGCACAUGGCACAUGCAAACCCCCUUAGAAACCUUGGGGUCCGGAAGCUCAAUGGUGUUCGAGCUGCGGGAUAUCCAGGGCGGGAGCAAGAAGGCCAUUUGUUGGGGAGCCUUGCCGUUGGAUUCGGACCACCUCAACACCCAGCCGGAGGAACUUUCUGCGUACCUAGCCCCGGUGGAUCCGGCGAGGCUGAUGGCUGUCGCGUUUGGCAGCGGCGGCCGGGGGGGCGGCCUCUGGCCGCUGCGCGCUGAUGCUGCGCUAACAGCGGACGUGAGUCUCACCCGUUCGUUGCGGUGAUGGUAGAUGCAGUGGGCAUGGUGUUGGCGAUGACACAACAGCAUUCGUUGCAACAGGAUUGCGCCGUGGAGAAUGUACACCCAGGCGCAUGCGACGAUGGCAAACAUGACGGGCGUUUCUAAAAAAAACGUUUCGGGCCUGUUUCCCGAGGCCGCCGGUGGUACUGGUGUACCAGGAAAUCGAUUUUUUUUAGUUGCUGUAUAUAGCCACCGCAAGCCCCGACCAUUAUUUGUUUGUACUUGUUCCACUUUGUCCCGCCGGUUGUGAGGGGUACCGGGAGUAAAGAUGAGAGCUGGCAUGAGGCUAAAAGAACUGGGGCUUGCAUCGUUUUUGUUCGGCUGUGGCGUCUUUGUGAGGGGUGGAGGGCGGGGAUAGUUCCGAAAGGUCUCGUGCCGAUUAGAUUUGCCGGGGUUGUCUGAAGUGCUGUCCUACGGUAGUACGCAUGUUUCGCCCCCGAUAAAAGGUGGCCAACCCUGACCGGAGGGCCCUCGAGAUAAUUACGAGGACCGCGCCCAUCACGCUUUCGGUUUGAUUUCAUGUCACCAUUCCGAGCGUUGCAAAAUGCUACUACUGUAGGACCUUACGCCUGCAUUUUAUCAAAGGAGACCCACGUGCAGUGUACAGUAGACAACUUGUAUUUUUCGUUUCUGACGUAAACGCAAAAGCUGCACCAGUGUUUCUGUGCUCAUUUUGAACGCCAGGCAGCCUCCAGGACCACCUCCGAUCGACAUGUUUCGUCGACGGACGGGGGUUCUUGUUAUUUUGGUGAGGUUUGUUAUUGAUUUCCAAAAACACGCAAGUAUCUAUAUUGUCGGCCUGGAAUUUCGAGUUCUAACUCCUGUUGGUGGUUGCUGCCGCAAUGGUUUGCGUUCAUUCGACAUGCUUUUUUCGCCGAGAGCGACCGCGGGGAUGGGCAUGGUGGGGCGGUUUCCACCAACAAGUGUUGUUCUUUCGUGUUCUUCGUUGCGCCGUCCGGGGUGUCAACGGCAUCCCGCCCGGAAAAGACAUUGCUCGAUGCCAGCCAAGUAGCGGGGGGCAAACACCAUAGGUUGGCAACGGUGCAAGCGUUCCGCUGGCUGCCUUGUGGUCCGAGGGGGGAUGGCUAAGGAUGCCUUUUGGCUGUUGAUGAGCGAAAGAGUAGAAAACACGGCCCACGAGAGGUCGGUGGGAUGCCGGUGGUGGUACACACGGCCUCCACCGAACGAAAAAAAGGCGUUAUGAAAAGUAGAUGUUCCACCGCCGAUGAUUGGGACACAUAUCGCAACAACGCUAUCGUAAAUGUGCUUGACUGAAACUCUUUAUACGUGUGCUUGUUGUUGUUGUUGUUGUUGUUGUUGUUGUAUAUGUGCUUGAUUGGAAGUUCUGUAUUUACCAUUUUAAGGGCGAUGUCUGACAGGCCGAGGGUGGCGAGCGGGCUGGGGGUGGCGUACGCGAGAAGCAAGAAGGGCAGCAGCAGCAGUUUAUUGUUAGCGAUGCAGAGUUGACUCGCAAAGUAGAGUGACGACAAUUUUGUGCGUUCGAGGUUGCUUGAGAAAAAAAGUGUAAAUGCACGGUGUACGUUGGCAUUUGAGCCACGCGUGGUGAACGGACCAACCGUGUUCGUGACAACCUGAGGAGAAGUGGGGGAUCAUCCGUGAUUGUUGUAACUGAUGUUAGACGUCCGGCGGUUGGUUUGCUGCUCGUGUGGCACCGUUCAAUGCGCCACACUUUAUUACAGGAGAGCGUAGGGGGGGUAGGGUCGCCACGAUGAUUGAUUGGUUGUGACUUUCGAGAGCAGCAACGUUUUCUCUCUUUAUUGGUCUAUACAGGAGAUGAAGCAAAGUGUAUGGCCUCCGCCUAGUGGCGGCACACAUUGUGGCGUGUUUGACAUGAACAAGCGUGAACAAG